GUUGAUUGUGAGUUUCUGUAUGUUUCCUAAUGCUCACUGGACAGAUCCGUAUGAGACACAGUUUGUUACUCAUGUAGUUUGUACUCAUACUCGUAAAGAAACAUGCUUGAAAGGAUUUAAAAAUGAAGAAUAAAAAGACAAAGAAUGACAAAAAGAAAGUAUUUAACAAAGCAAGCUGGAGCAACAAAUCCAGGAAAGAACAAAAAAAGAGGACCAAAAAAUCAGCAAGUGGUGACAGAACCUCAUCAGCAUCCCAGAUUCAGAGUCAAAAUGAAGACACUGUUACAGCAUCAGGGAACCAGAGUGAACUCCAGCCUGGUCAGGAUUGUCCCAGUGUACCAUCACCUGCGACAGGAAAAGUGAAUGCUCAAACCCAAACAAGACGCAGUAUAAAAAACAAAGUGACCCAGACUGAGUCCAUCAGUCACAGAUCAUGUCACACACAAACUGAAUCAGACCCAAUUAGUGAAGCCACAAUUCAAGGUCAAGAAAAUGCAGAAAAUGAUUCACACAAGACGAAUGAAGAAAAGGCUGCUGAUGAUUCCGUGGCAGCACCUGCUGAUCCUGGAGGAGACAAGAAGAAAGGUACAACAUCAAUCUGUGAUGAAGAAAUGCAGGAGGAUGACAUCAAUAUCAAGAAGGGAGAACAGGUAGGAGAUGAUUCACAAGAUGCUCCUAAGUCUACCGACAUAAAAACCAAGUCAUAUGCUGAAGCAGCAUCAAGCAAAGACUCGAAAGACAAAAAGAAUCAGACAUCAGCAGGGCAGAAGGGUAAAACCCACGACAAUGUACCACAGAGAAAAACGUCCCCAGUGAGAGGACCAACAGGGAAACCAAUGUUCACAUUUUAUGUCUACUUACUACUGGAAAAAAGCUUCAAGUUUAACAAAGAUAAGGACAAGCUUCUGAUCUGUUUUGAAAAUGGUUCUUAUGAAUUGCAGAUAACUCUGUUCAGGCCCAUGAAAAAGGAUGGCUUUUUGAUUGAGGCAAACUUCUCUGUUGAUGAGUGUUAUGUGGAGAGAGGCAGCGUAUUCAGUUAUAGCUAUGCAGUGCAGCAACAAGGGAAAGAAAGAGUGGAAAUUGCCACAAGACAAUUUCAGAUCCCCUUUAAUCACGUAGAUAAAGAAUUGCACAUUUUUGAGGUCCAUGUGACUCACUCAAUUCCAUCAUGGCUGCAGAGAGUUUUCAAAUCUGCAAGUGAAUUCAUAUCAGAGGCCUGGCACAAUUCUGCAUUUUUACUACUUAACAGAUUGUUUGAGAAAUGGGACCCAUCAAACCAAGAGGCCAUGAAAGCAUUUACACAGCUGUUAAACCAAUUUCUGCUGUGUUUUCUUAGUGCCAGAGAACGUGUUUCUUACAAUUAUAAUCUGUCUACUCCUUUGAUAGAGGUGUUUGAUCUGAUAGCAGCAAAGCUGGUUAAGAUACUGAAUGGUGAAACGGAGGGAAAGCCCUCAGUAAAUGUCAGCCCUCUUGCAGUAGGCCUCUCAGUAUUCCAGGUAGCACGUGGAUGUAAUGUCUGCCUUGGGAUUAAAGACUGGAGUUUGCUCUGUAAACUGGUCUCAUCUGCCCCAGCGCUUAGACAAGUACAGGAAAUUCAAAAUUCUUUUCCAACACUUCAGUUCACAGUGAUAGGGCUGAUGAACCAGUGUGCUCGGCUUCUGCUCUCAGAGACGGUUCUGCUCGUUCCUCUACUCCUUUCUGUAAGGCAGCCUGGUGCAGACUCAGGUCAAUUCAGGCCGAUUGUGGAGGAAGCAGACUGGACAGGACUACAAUAUGUGGAGUUCCGUUUAUACAGAGAGAAAAUAAGAGGAUAUUCUGAUAAGAGAAGGAUGAUCCUAGAGCUGGUUGAAAAACACAAGCCUUUGGCCAAGGACAAGCCUCAUGUUUUGCGUGCCUGGCUGUCCAUGAUGGCAUUUGAUGAUUUAUCCAUGUUUGCCAAGUCAACAGACGUUGUACCUGAACAGGUGAUUCAGAGCCUGAUGUACAGAUUGAGAGACUUUCAAUCAUACCGAAUUACAAAUUCUGAACAUACAAAACAAAAUCUGGAGGUCACAGAAAUGAUUUUGACAUAUCUGUUGAACUGUGUUGAUAAGGAUAAAGAAAGACUCAUGAGCUCUAAAUGGUUGGAGUCCAUUUGUCAGUGCUGCAGAAAUAUCCAUAAGAGCACUUGCACAAUGACUCGACUCGUUCCAGCGUAUAAGGCAACGGUGUUGUCCUUUCAACUGGUGCUCAAAAUGGCUGAAAUUCGGUUUGAAUGUCUUUCGAAGCAUGGAGAGGAGAAAGAGUCAGAGAAAAUUAGCCUUUUGAAACAGAUUGAAGCUACUCAGGAGGAGUUCAGUAAGUGGAAAGACAGUCUACUGCGGGAGCCUCUGUUUCAUACUUCUAGGCUCACGUACCCCAAAGAAAUAGAGCUCUGGAAUGCUUUCUUUGGGCUGGAGUGUUCAGUUCCCUCGGUUACAGAGCAAUGGUUGUGCAACUUAGAGAAAAGUUUGAGAAAGAGGAUCUCUGAGGUUAAUGACAUACAGCAGGUCCAGAUCUGCUGUCUGAAAACAUCAGCAGAAGCUAUAGAGAAAAGCCACACCAGACUUCAGACAUGUUUUCAGGAUUUGUGCUUCUCUGCUAUUACAAGGUUAUGCCAGGCAGGUAAAGAAGGGAAUCUUCUGAAGACUCUACAGCCGCACCUGAAAGACAUUUCAUCAUCCAUCUUGUCCUUAUUGAUUACCGAGUCAACAGCUCGUUUUGGAGAAGACAGAGUGAUGCAGCUACUAAAUGAUCAGUCUGCCGUCAGUGUCCUCUUAACACAAGGAGACUGGAGUCAAUGCAAGUUAAACGAAGAGGCCAGCCAUGUGAUGAGCAUGUGCCAGGCCACUUUGGGUGAUUUGGUCAAUUCUCUUUGCCAGGGAAAUAUUGCUUUUGGUCACCUGCAAGUUAUCCUGAAACAUCAGAAACAAUUUCAAGAGCUGUACAAAAAAUGUAAAAAACACAUCAAAUCAGAUAUAAUCACUAUUGAUGCAGACAAACUACUUAAUCAAAGAGAGAAAGAUUACCAAGCCCUGCUGGAACAGUGGAAACAUAUAGAUGUCCUCAUAAAAAUGAUUGGGAAAAUCUCAGAGAUGAUUCAUGUACCUGAGAUCUCACAACUUGAGAAAGAGCACAAGACUGAUAUGCAGCCAGUGGGAUUAAAUGAGCUGGUGGGAGUUCAGUCAUGUUUCUCCAAUGAAGAUCUAAAAGAUAUUUCCACAGGGAAGGUUCUAUACUACAGAGCCAUCUUACCUACAGUGCUCGAUGCAGCAAGAGAGAUGCACCUCUUUCAAGACAGCAAUCUGAUUCUUAAAUCAUGGAUGGACAAAGCAAAUUGGAUCACUGGCUCUCAACGUCUAUCGCUGAGUCUGGAAGAAGUUCUUUCUGAAAUCUUGCAGCCUUCUCUUCGUGACUUUUUCCAGCUAGGUACAAGGAUUGCACAUGGACAUGUGACUUUUGAGGAAGUGGACAAGGCUGUCGAAGGGUGUGGAGACAAAGGUGAUGGUGCUCGGCUCAAGAAGGAGAUGAGUUUUAUGGCCACUAAUCUUGAGACAUAUCCAGGUCUGGAGAAGAACUGGCUGGACCGUAGGUUCAGUCAGAUCCAGGAGUAUAGACAGCUUCAUCAUGCAGUGGAGUCUGCCAGUGCAAUACUGAAGAUAAAAGCCAGAUUUAAUCUGAAAGGAGACUUCAGCCAUAUAUGCAGUCUAACUCAGCUGAGAGAAGAUUCAUUCAAAAAGAUGCCGCUAGUAUCGCUGAGCAGAGAUCUCAUUAGUGCCAAGCAAAAGCUUUCUCACAUCAACCAUCAGCAUACAGCUUGUUUGGUGGCGUUCCUGAACAGUGAAAAACUUGUUGGCUGGGUUAAGGCCACGAUCGAGAAUCGAAGUGAGCUGAAGGUGUUUACAGAUUUGGCUUCCAUUUCGGCUGGAGAGAAUGACCUUGAGAUUGACAGACUAAGAAAUUUUCAAGAUGCUGUCAUAGGUUACAGUCCAUUGUUAUACUCUUUGCAUGAGACAGCAGGUUUUGAAGAGUUUCUUGCCCUUGCUCAGGAGGUCUGGGAUGCUCUCCAAAAGGAUGAAAAACUGACAGAAAAACUGAUUCACUCCUCUUGUUGGUUAGAAUGGCUGAAAGGACUGAGUGAGACUCAUGGAUCUGUGGAAAAGUCUUCUAUAUCUUUGGCCUCUGCCAUCAAUACCCAUGGUGUGUACCAUGUUGGCUGGCCAGCUAUUUUUUCUGGAAAGAAAUCCCUGGGCAGUGUUUUAUGUGUGAAAGUAAAAAACAGCACAAUGGAAAAGACAUUCAGUCUUGAUGAAUUACUGGACUUACAAAACAAACUGAUGCUGAUGUCAUCCAAGGGAGAGCAUAGCAAGGAGCAAGUAAACAAGUUCACUGAGAUAUUUGAGGGAGUACAGAGAAUGGGAUCUAUCCUCAUGCAGCUAUGUCUAUCUGGCAACUUAUUCUUCCGGGACUUGUUUGCACUUAUAAAUUGCAAUCCUAAAAUGGAUCCCUGCAUUAACCUAAACUUUCCUUUGCUUGGGCAACACAUUGUGUAUCAUGGGCAUGUUGCAGAGGAGCUUCAGAAAGUAUGCCGUACUAUGGAAGACUGCCAUGAAAAUUGGCGUAGUUUUAUGUCUGAGCUGCGCUCUCAAUUCUAUGCUCUCAAUUAUUACACCUCAGAACAAGUGGUCUAUCUUUGCCACUGGAUCAACAAAGUUUGUGAAAAAGGAAUGCCUGUGCCACAGCAAAUGUGGCACUUGCUCACCCCACUUAAGCCAGACGGUACACUGAGUGAUAUCAAACUUGCCUUUGCAAAGGCAAAAGAGAGUCUUCGGUCUGAGCUUCAAAGUCACUUCAGUGCUGACUCAGUCACUUCUGAACAGUCUAUGGAUAUUAGCAGAACCAUACAGCACAGGGAAAACUCUAAUAUUGAUGAAGAGGGAGAUAUUUUCACUGAGAAUAUGCUAGAAGAACUUUCAUCUAGCUCUGAAGUAUAUUCUGAAGAAAGUGCUGAAGAGGGAGAAAACUUCACUGAAGGGGAUCAAGAUGAGUUACAUGAUGGCAGCAGUGAAAGUGGCUCAGAAGACGAUAUGAAUAUUUCUGUCUCUUUCACACAGGCCCAUAAAUUAAAAGUUACAAACACAGUUAAGACAACACUUGAGAAUUUGUGGCAGGACUACAGAAAUAAUAUGCCCAAAUACCUUACACAAUACAUGGAUAUUAAGUCCCUUGCUCAAUUUCUUUCCUGUUUCUCUGCUUUGAACACGCUAAACAUCAAGCGCAUCAUGCCUUCUAUUCUUCAAGAUGGAAAGCCCAAUCUCAUUCUUUGCCCUGAUACAGAAAUAAUAACCACCACACUUGCUUUGUACAUGAAGAGCCCAGAACAAGGUUUUCCUUCAAUUGACGAGGUUCUAAUGUGCCAAGAGGACACAAGUGAAGAAGAGGUUGAGAUCUUUCUUCGGCGGUGCUUAGGCCAAAGUGCUCCAAGCCACCAUCAGAAAAUCUAUACACUGGUUAAUCCAGGUUUACUGACCUAUGAUGUGAGUGUGGCUUUGGCAGAGCAUUUUGAGGCAAUGGAGCGGAAUUCUGGGUCUAGUUUUCGCAUGGUUAUAGUUUGUCCUGUGAACCAAGACAGAUAUAUCCCAUCUUUCUUUAGCAACUACAAGGUGCAAGCAGGAUUAAAUGUUUCUUUAGAAAGUGUCAAGCAAUACCUCUGGCAUCACUUAACCACUCCAGAUGGUAUUUCUUCCUGGUUGAUUACGUCUACACGUGCAGCUGUUGGAAAAUCACUCUAUGUUACAAGAAUGUUCCAGAAUUUCAAGACAACUUUUCCAAACGCCACUUAUCUGACAGUUCGUCUGAUAGAACCCAACGUUGAUAUUGAUUGCUUAGUUCAAACACUUUGCAACAAGCAGUCAUCACUUAAAGAACAAGAUCCCGUUCUCCUGCACAUUGACACUGCAGCUGUUCGUUGUGGUUUGGAGCAGUUCCUGUUCAAAUUGCUCAUUCUAGGAUGUCUGAGUGACAGCGAAGGAAAACUAUGGAGAAGAAACUCAGCCCACUUGAUUGCAGUUGAAGCGUUUCUACCAGAUUCAGCUCAUCAUAAACAAACCCAUAAAGAGUCAAACCAAGGGCUUCUCAGCUUACUGCCAUCCAUUCACUGUAAACCACCAAAAGAAGUAAAAUAUCUGGAGCUCAAAAUCAGAAGUCAUGAGAUAUAUGAAUCCUUAAACCCACUGAUGGACAUACAAGAGUUUAAAAGUGAAGGUGUUCAAAGACCUUACCAAUAUUUAAUAAGAUUCAACAGAAAUGAGAAUUUGGAUAAUUUCAAAUAUAAAGCUGGAUCUGUAGAGGGCAAUAAAGUGGAUUGUCUUCAUCAUCUUUUGUCAAACUGUGGACUGGAGGACCCUUCAUGGGCUGAACUGAAGCACUUUACUUGGUUCCUAAACCUGCAGCUCAGAGAUUGUGAGAAUUCUGGAUUCUGUGAUCCAAACUUUUUUGGAAGCAUUUUAACUGGCUUCAAGAGCUUCAUAGUCAAAUUCAUGAUUCACAUGGCCAGGGACUUUGCAUCUCCUUCCCUGAACAUCUCUGACCAAAGCCCUUCACUUCUCCCAGAGAGAGACAAUGAAGAUGAUCUGUUAGCUAGGUUAUCCAUUAGGAAGCGAUGGGAGAAUGAAUCUCAUCCAUACAUCUUCUUUAAUGCAGAUCACUUGACCAUGACCUUCCUUGGUUUUCAUGUAAAGCAAAGUUCCACCAGACACUCUGUUAAUGUUGUUGACCCACAAACUGAUAAAGUUUUGAUGGGAGAUGUGAUGUCAUUAGACCUGUUCACAGGACUUACGAAUCAAGGAAUCUCUUUUUCCGAAGACUUUGACAAGCUGCCAAGAAAGACCAAGAUAAAAAAGAUUUCCUUUGUUGUUGGUGCUGACAUAAGGGAACAAUUUGACCCUGAUCCCACAUAUGAGCUCACUUCUGACAAUGUAAUGAAGAUGCUGGCAAUCCAUAUGAGAUUCCGGUGUGAAAUCCCAGUGAUUAUAAUGGGCGAAACUGGUUGUGGGAAGACCAGACUAGUGAAAUUUCUUUGUGAUCUGCAAAGAGAAGGUAGAGAUGUUGAAAACAUGAAACUGGUUAAAGUUCAUGGAGGAACUAAUGCUGAUACUAUAUACAAGAAGGUGAGGGAGGCUGAAGAACUUGCACAGAGAAACAGUAAAAAAUACAAACUAGACACCAUUUUGUUUUUCGAUGAGGCCAACACAACAGAGUCCAUUUUUGCUAUAAAAGAGGUACUCUGUGACAAGACUGUGCAAGGAGUUCCAUUGAAGCAAAAUUCUGGACUGAAAAUUAUUGCUGCUUGCAAUCCCUACAGGAGGCACACUCCCAAAAUGAUUGAACGCUUGGAAAGAGCUGGCUUGGGCUACAGAGUAAAGGCUGGGGAAACACACGAUCGACUUGGUAAAGUUCCCAUGCGCCAGCUUGUAUAUCGAGUUCAUCAGUUGCCCCCAAGUAUGAUCCCCCUUGUUUGGGACUUUGGGCAGUUGAGUGAUUCAGCAGAAUAUACUUAUAUUCAACAAAUUGUAUGUAAACAAAUUGAAGAACAUGGCUUGCCAAUUCAAUGCCAGAGCAUUAUCACCAGAGCAUUAGCAGCAUCUCAAAGACAUAUGCGUCAUCAAGUGGAUGAGUGCAGUUUUGUAAGUCUUAGGGAUGUAGAGAGAUCAAUGAGGGUGCUAGUGUGGUUCUACAAACACAGACAGUACCUUUUUCCAAAAUCUCAAGAAACUGACGUUGCACAAAUGACCUAUAAAUGUUUGGCUCUUGCUUUGGGUAUUUGCUAUUAUCCAUCACUUGAGUUUAGAGACAACUAUCUGCAGAAUAUUAGCCAGUACUUUCCACAACCACUCAACUCAAAACAAGCAUUGGAGCUUGAGAUUUCCUCUUGCCAAGACUUCUUCCUCCAGACCAUUCAAACAAGAGAGACAAUUGCUAAAAAUUUAGCAUUGAAAGAAAAUGUCUUUCUUAUGGUUGUCUGCAUUGAGCUGAAGAUCCCACUCUUCCUGGUAGGCAAGCCAGGGAGCUCCAAAUCUCUUGCAAAGACUGUUGUAGCUUAUGCCAUGCAAGGUCAAGCCUCUUCCAGUGAAUUGUUCCAGAAGUUAAAAGAGGUGCACAUGGUAUCUUUUCAGUGUAGCCCUCACUCGAGUUCAGAAGGGAUCAUUGGAACUUUCAGGAAUUGUGCUCGUUUUCAAAAAGACAAGAACUUAGAUGAAAAUGUAUCAGUGGUAGUGCUGGAUGAGAUAGGAUUGGCAGAAGAUUCUCCACAGAUGCCAUUGAAAACCCUACACCCCCUUUUGGAGGAUGGCUGCAUUGAUAAUGACAGGCCAGAUCCACAUAUGAAAGUGGGCUUUGUUGGAAUCUCAAACUGGGCUCUUGAUCCUGCUAAGAUGAACAGAGGUAUUUUUGUUUCUCGCUGGGAUCCGAGUGAAAACGAGUUAGUGGAGACAGCCAAAGGUAUCUGCUCAUCAUCCGAGUCAGUUCGUCACAAAAUCAGUCAUCUCCUGCCUAAACUGGCAAAAGGCUUUUUAAGCAUUUGUAAAAGUGACAGCGAUCAAUUUUUUGGACUUAGGGAUUUUUACAGUUUGGUGAAAAUGAUUUUUGCUGUAGUGAAAAACACAGACAGUGAACUCAGUGACAGAGACUUAGCACAGGCUAUACUGCGAAAUUUCAGUGGACAAAAAGACAACUUUGACCCUGUCUGUCACUUCCAAGAUCUCUUCUCAAACCCUCAUGAAGUCCCUAUGAUAAACACACUGGAAAUGGUUAAACAAAAUCUUGAUCACAAAAGUGAAGAAGAAUGUCGCUAUCUUCUUCUGCUCACAGCAAACAAUGCUGCCCUAUACAUAAUUCAGCAGUGUAUUUUUUCAAACGAUGGCUACACCUGCCCUGAAAUUGUGUUCGGUUCGGGAUUUCCCAAAGAUCAGGAGUAUGCUCAAAUCUGCCGCAAUGUCAGUCGAGUGAAGUCAUGUAUGGAAACUGGCCGGACAGUCAUCCUCUUGAAUCUGCUUAACCUUUAUGAGAGUCUGUACGAUGCAUUAAACCAGUACUAUGUUUAUUUUAGUGGGCAGCAGUAUGUUGACCUGGGAUUAGGGUCACACAGAGUUAAGUGUCGAGUUCACAAAGAUUUCAGACUGGUUGUGAUAGAGGACCAGGAAAAGGUCUAUGACAAGUUUCCUAUCCCACUGAAAAACAGGCUGGAGAAGCACAGAGUAGACAGGAGUACAGAUUUGACACCAUGGCAGCACAGAGUUCUGAAAAAACUCAAGAACUGGGUGAAUGAGUUUUCUCAGUAUCCUGAGGCAUCAGCAUCAGAUUUUAGCUCAUCCGAUGCAUUUGUUGGUUUUCAUGGAGAUGCUUGUGCCAGUGCUCUCCUACAGGCAUUAGAACAAAGAGAAAAACAGGAUCAUCAGGAUAUGGGGGAACGUCAAGUUGAGAGUAACAUGCCCAGCAGGAGGACGUCCACAGAGGAUGACCUAAAUGAACAUGAGGAACAGAUCUACCAUCAAGAAGAAGGAGUUAGGUCUCAUGAUACUGCACCCAUUGAUGACAAGGAGAGUGAUUUGACAGGCAGUGAUACAGGAAAGACUCUCCUCGAUGAAAACAAUGAGGGAAUUGUCUUGAUGGAUGUAGAUGUCAAUGAGGGUAACAUUGAAGCUGAACAAGAACAAGAUGCUCUUGGGGAAAUUCCCAUGUCUGUGGAUAUGGAUAUAUAUCCAGAAGGCCUUAAUGAAAUAGGAUUAAAUGAACCAAAAGAAUCCAAAGAUGAGGAGGAAGAGGUUUAUGAAUAUGCAAAACACUUCUUGGUGAACUGUGCAACACCAGAUUCUGUACUGAGGCUAAAAAAUUCAAGGCUGGGAAACCAUGCAGUAGAAAGGCUUCAGAGACUGUAUUUUCAUCAGCAAGACCACCAUUCCCUCAGAGCAUUUAUGUACAGUCAUUUGAAGAAGAGUGACAAGGAUAAGAAGAGAUUUAUAGAGGUAACUACCUUUUCUAGUUUGCUAACUAAAGCAGAUGUGCGAAUUCUAGCUCAAGCUUUGGGUCUGUCCAUGGAGCGACUCCUUUUGCUCUCCCUGCAUCAGUUUGACACAGAAGCUUCUUUCUGCAGCAAAAUUCGAGACUUCAUGAAGACUGCACAACUGUCUCUGCACAUCCUGUUGGUUCAGAUAGAUAUUGAGGAAUCACUCUGCAAAAAUGGGCUCAUUGCUUCCGCAAAGUACUGCACCAUGAAUGAACUUGUAGCUUCUCAGUCAGAAGAUCCCAACUGCUGUAUUGUGUUUAUCACAAAACUAUCAAGGUUUGCAAGCGGCAAUAAUUAUAUUGGAUUCCAGGGAGGUGCAUGGAUUUCUACACAUAUUGAUGAUCUCAGAGACACCAAAGACAUGAGCUUGGAUCUCUCUGUUUUUUGUGGAAGACCCAUAAGCAAGCUACUCUCUGAAUCGGCACAACCUGAUGCCAUGGAAUUAGAAGAGGAAGAAGAAACUACAGUCAAAAGCCAAUCUCAGGAAGAAUCUGCAUACCUGCACAGUUUGUCUUUGGUGAAAUCAUGCACUCAGAAAGCUGUUUCACUACUUAGAGAUUUUGAUAAUAAAGCUUCUAGGAGUAUGGAGCGCAUGGACACUCUUCUUGGCCUUUUGGAAAACGACCUGGGGCAUCAUGGAGCACGUUUUCAGGAAGUAUUGCUGAAGCGCUUGGUGGUUGCCCUGGCACAGAGAGAGGAGAAUAUGGAAAAAUCAGCGGACUGGGUGAACAGACAAAUAAUGAAACGGGAAGCCUUGCAAGAAGGCGGCACUCUCAGGCACACACUGUGGCGAUGUCUACAGGGAGUUCUGACCCCAAUUCUGGCCCGUAUGUUAGAGGUGUUGGACAGAGACUGUAAUCUGGACCUGGUGUAUGGUGCAGGACUCAGUGAGGGGCUUGUCCAGUUCUGGCUGGACAUCUUUGAUGAUGGGCAGAUUUUAGACUUGUCAGUGGCAAUGAACUCCGGCUCCUUAGAACAAGAGAUUGAUGUGCAGUACAAUCUGGUGGUGGGAAGAAAGACUCGCAACUGCACUGCUCCUUUUAGUUGGCUUAUCAACCUGUAUUGUCAUAACCUAUGGGAGGAGGCUCAGUUUGUGCAGGGUAUUGAACAGAGCAGCUAUGAGUGCAUCCAGCAGUUUGUAAGUGCCGUGACUGGCAGUCAGUUGGGUGGCUACAUGGAAAAACUCUCGAAGACAGAACGCAUAGAACUGUGCCAGAGAUAUCUCACUGAUUUUGUGAUUCUCUCAUUCAAAAUCAAGACUGAAGAAGAAGUGAGGGUGUUUAGCGCAGCAGUGUUAGGUUGUGUGGCAUCACUCCAGCAGGACAUGGGAGUGACCCCUGAUCUUUCUCCAGCCUGGAUCAUGGCAGCAGCCCAACACUUCAGUCCACGACUUGAUGCACUCUUACACAUUUUGCAGGUCCAGCCUGACUUAGCUCCUCUCAUUUUAAAACAGUCAUCACAGAAAGACCAACCAGACAUGCAUGACGACAUUCUGGCUCUUGGGAUAUGUGUGGAGAAGGCUAAACUUCAGUCUAUUACAUCUUUAUCUCAGUGCUCAGUCUUUCUGGGCAGAGUUGAAUUACUGCAACCCUGCUUGCAGAGAGUGUUCAGUCCCACAUACUGCUCCCUCUGCAGACCUGGCUGUCUCAAACAUCUGGAUGCUAUAAAGUUGGUAUGGCAGGGGAUCCUGGUGGUAGCUGCUUUUAUCGAGCAAGUUGUAGUGAAAGUAAAUUCAAGUGAUGAGAAGCUGGUGGCCCUGACACUUAAACACUGCAGCCAGCUACAGCGGCUGAUGGAGGAGUGUUCUGACCUGCAGAGGAAAGCCUGUCUACAGCAGCUCAUCCGCAUCCUCAACGAGUACAAUGAGGAAUCUAUAAGCAGAGAGUUACGGUUUGGUCUGAUGUGUCCUGUUUGUCUGGAGGACCUGGCUGAGCCCUGUGUCUUACAGUGUGAGCAUGUCUUCUGCCUGUCCUGUAUGAAGAGAUGUAUGCAAGGAAUGGAAGCAAAAUGCCCUAAGUGCAGGACACAGCUUCCUCCCAAUUAUCAGCCAGCUGUCUCAUCUAGCAUAGAUUUGGCCCUGAAACAACAUAGAGAAUUAAGGAGAUGCUGUAACUCCUUCUUUUUGGAGGUAGUCUCUCGUUUCUGCUUUUCCAAGCGACAGCACCCACAAGAGGACCUGGUGGAGCUGCUGUUCUCUCUACUUAUCUCAGCACAGGGAGACGUUUAUAAGACAAGAGAGCUAACUCCAUUCCUGGAAUGUGUUGACCACAGUCCUGUGGUACGGUCUGUGUUGCCUAAACUUUUACUGCAAUACAGUUUUGACCAGGUAAAGGGACACAUUCAGACAUAUCUGAAAAACCUGGAAGACAAACUCCUGGAUUAUGAGGACAAAAUGGAACUUUACAGACUUUUUGUCAACUGUUUUCAGGAUUCUUUGCUUUGUGUGGAUUUAAGUGGAACUCCGGAAGCUAAAGAACUUCAGCGACAUCAGAAGGAAGACAUAAAAUUUCUCAGUCGACUGGCUCGCAAACAGAUGCCAUCCAGAGAACAGCAGCCAGCUGAGUUUCUUCUGUCCAUGGCCCGUCUCCGGAUGUGUCUGGACACUGCUGCUCGUAUACUGCCCAGGGCUGUCGGCCAUCAGAGUGGAGAAUGUGCUGACUGGGAACAAAAAAUGUUAGAACAGGUGAAGGCAGUCUGUGAGUAUGCUAAUAAUGACUGGUAUAGAGUCUACCUGCUCAGAACGCUUAACAGGCAUGCAGGCAUAGACUGUGUACAGGCCAUGAUGAGCAUCGCCCCAUAUGAAUGGGUCUUCCCUGCUGAGCUCCUGCGACUACAGAGGUUGAUUCCUGUGGAGGUGGAUCGAUUUCUGUGCUGCGGAGAGCAGUAUCGCACUGUCAGAAAUGCGGUGGGCCAAGUGCUACUGGAAUCCAAAGCAGACGCACUUAAAGCCGCUCUGCAGAAUGUAAGCAAUUCCGAGUCUGUGAAGAGUGUUCUUCUGGCUUUGGCCUUGUUCAGACAAGUGACCUGCCGUAUAGGGUCACCUGUCCCAGCCAUGCACCCUGGAGCAGAGGAGUUAGAGCUGCUGAAGGACAUUGUGAGGGAGAGUACAGCAGGGUCAGGGUACCUGCGUGAACUCUGCACCAGCCUUUUAUCAAAUCCAUCCGGAGGUCUCAUGUCUUGCAUGCAUGUUCGUGCAAACGAAUCAGCAAAGAGACGUCUUCUUCUGGAGCUCCUGGUUCAUGCCAUCGCUGUGUUCCAUAGUGGAAGUCGAAUUUUCUAUCCUCUCCACCUCAUUGCCUCUAGGCCACAGACUAUGAGGGAAACCUUUCUUCCCACCAUGCCAGAUGACAACACCAGUAUGGUCAUUAAGAGUUUAAAUGAAAGAAACCUGAAGCAGUACUAUUGUAAAAACGGUCACCUGUCUUUGGUUGGUGAGUGUGGGAAGCCAACAACUGUAGGAAAGUGUGACACAUGUGGAGUACCUAUUGGUGGUAAGAACCACAAAGCAGAAGCUGGAUUCACUCCAGUCCAAGGCAUUCUGGGUGAUCGCACCCAGCCAGGCCAUAUUCUGAAUGAUGCUGCCCACAGAUCCGAAGCUCCAAACAGAGACCUUCCCAUGGCCCAGUCCAGUUUACUGCGUCUCUUUCUUCAUCUGGCCAUGCUGCAUGGAUCCUCUCUCAAUCACCAGGAUAUCAGAGCAAUGAUUCACCCCACUGUACACGAUGUCCAAGAGUUUCUAUGGCGCCAUCUUGAAAAGGACAUGGAGAAUCUGGGGAAGACUCUGAAUCUGAACUGGGAUGAUGUAGCUAUCGUGGUUCAUCUGAUCCUCAACAACUCAGUACAGCCCCCCACAGUUCAUAGCCAGCAGGGGGCAGCAGAAUGGUCUGAUCGACAUGCCCGAGAGCAGUGGGAGAGGCAGGUUUGCAAUACAGUCAUCAAUCCGAUUCUACAGGAUUUGAACAGGCAUUUACAGGAAGCUCAGGAGCAGGUUGCAGCUGAUGAUAAGCUGUCCAGUAACGCCCUGAUGAAGAUGUUAAAAGGAGACCCCCGUUCCCUCCUUUCUCUCCCAUCUGAAUGUGCUACCCAUCAUGCGUCUUUCUGGACACCUCCAGACAUCCUGACUGUGGAACAUCUUUCCCAGCUUAUUGCUCAAAAGCAGGCAGAGAAACAAGUUUCUCUCCUUUCGCUGUUUCUCAUAAAAGUGCAGUACAUAAGACACCUGGCUUGUCUGCCUGACCUGGCAGCCCUGUUGUCAGAUCUGAUACGAAUAGUGCAGACAGACGCUGAGACACACUCCACAUCCAUCAAAGAACUGCUUAACAACAUUCCUGCAGGACUCCGGAGCAAUACACUCAAAAAAAGGCUACAGAUCUUCUUUAGGGUGUGGAACCAUCUCAGAAUGGAGCUAGCUAAUAACACGGCUGCAGGUGUGGAUCCCGAACUGUGUGCGAAGGACAUAACCAUGGACAGUCCUAGUCAGUUUCUCUGCCUGAGCCAUCAUGGACCUGGCUCUUGUCUCCAAGCUCUUAUCGACCAGCUGUCAGAAACUCACAACAGCCUGGUUCGAGAAGCUCAGAAACUCAGUCAUAAGGAAGACAGUGACUACAGUGUUCCUGUUGGGGAAUUAUCUGAGAGCCAGCUGGCACUGUGCCACCCAGAGAAGGAGUUUCUGCCCCUGGUGUUAGCUCACUGCCACUACACACUGGUGAAGGGUAAACAAACUGCCAGUAACUACGACCUGCAGGCUAUUCAGAAACAACUUCACAGACGUUUCUUAGCUGGAAAGCCACGCAUCCAAACACAGGAAACUGAAAAGUAUCUGAAGAGAUAUCAUCAGGAUUUUUCAACAGUUUUGAAAGACGUCAGAUGCAAGAUACCCCAGGAACCGCUGAAGAGCUCAGUAUGCAGCUCGAUAAGAACAGUGCUGCGCUCCUUCACUGAUGUGUGUGACGCUGUAUAUGCUCUGGAGAUUGGCCUGCGUUUCCUGGGUAAAACUGGAGGACUUCCAAAAUCCCAACUACUGUCCUAUCUUCAUGACUCUCUCAAGAUGAAGCAACACAUUUCCAGCAGUGUAGCCAAGGCUCUGGCAGAUAUUAGACUGGAUCAAUGUACAGCCACAUGGCAGCUGCUGACCUGUUGGAAGAGUGAGCUGAAGCUGAGGAGUGGACAGGACCCUAUCCCAAGACUUUCUCAAGAGUAUAGAGAGACACUUUCUGCCGAUAUGCAGAAAGAAUUGAACGAGUUCCUGAACGUCACUAAUGUUGAACAUUUCACCCUGGAGCUUCAUGAGAUCAUGCUUUUGAAGACGGACAUCAACUCAGAGAACAGAUACGGUUCUAAUUGGGACAUCAAAUACACCCUGGAAUUACAUUUGGAAGAAAAAGGAGCCCCUGUCAUGCCUGGACUAGACAAUCUUUCAGAUGAGAUCUGUCUGAGCAAAAGUGCAGAGGUCUGGAGGCUUGCAGUAAAGUUCAAGAGAUGAUUGUGUCCCUCAAAAUCCAUCCCAUUGUUAUGCAUAGAUCUACUGUAAACGACAAACCCUAAGGUUUUAUGUUCCCUCUCUCUUUACCCACUGACUUUCUCAUGUAAAUAGUCUCAGGGUCUGAAUGUGAAUUCAUUCCAGAGCACUUCUUGAAUGACUCAGUACCAUUUAUUGUUUUACAAUUAUGCAUUCGAAUAUGUUUGUAUGUUCAGAUUAAUGAUGAAAAUUGAUCUCGCACAGACACAAUCAGAGAGAGAAGACAUUUUGAGGAACUUGUUUCAUUUUUGAUAUUUUCUCUCAGUCAAGCACCUGCUUCAUUUUAUGUGCCUACAAUUAUUGUGACAGUAACACAGUUGAUGUCAAAGCCAUUAGUAGCUGCCAAAUAACGAGAAGCUUGUCGUUAAUAAAUUCUAAAUCUUUCUGUAAUUUCCACUUUCUUAAUUCUGUCCUAAUUGUAGCGGAAAUAAAGUUCAGAUUCUUUCCCCAUAAACAUGCCUUUCCUCCUUUUAAGUUGUUUUAUUACCAACAGCUGGAACCUUAUUCCUUGUGUGUGUAAACAAACCCAAUAAACCUGAUUCUGAUUCUGA